GCACAAAUUGUUUUUGAAUAACUACUCUGAGAUAAACCAUUCUCUAGACAAGGACUUCUUGAUACCAAUAUUUGUUAUUUCUGUACUCCUCGAUAAUCAAUCUGCCAUUAUGUCGUCAUUUUCUGCGCCCGCCGUUCGCAACGCUACUGGUACCUCUGGUGAGAAUAGCGUCACGGCAAUCAAUAUGCGCAAUCGAGCGAUUCUCUAUGAAAGCAAUAAUCCCACCAGUUCUUUCAAUCCCUCCGUAUUGAAUUUACUCAACAAUAUGCCCAACGACGAAGCUUCCGAGUCCAGAUUAUUUGCCCGCGCAUCCGAGAAAAGAAAAUCCCACAUCGACACCACUUUUCUCCUCGAUGGCGCAGCCGACAUCCUCCAACAGUCUGCUGAAAAAUCCCUCGAAGCUUCGAGCGCCCAAAAUGAAACCGUUGAUGAUGAUAAAUUCACAACUCCUUCUUUUUUCCGCUGUUGUCAAUGUCAGCAAACAUCCGGUUCGCCAACUUGCCGAAGAGAAGAAGAGAAGAUCGGUGUGAUCCAAGGAAAAGAGCAGAAAAUUCUUGUUGUCAAUAGUGAAUGCGAACAUGAGAAGUGUUCUCGAUGUGUUAAUGUUGAUGAGACUGGUGUGCGUGUUGGUGUCAAGCCUUGGGAGUUGGAGUGGACAGGUCCUGUUAUUUCCAAACAGACGUAGAAUCUGGUGUGGAUCUGGAAAGUGCAGUGGGAUGUGGCAAAGACUUGUUUAUUGUGGAGGGUUGAGAUGUUUGGACAAGCUGAGAAAGGAUUUUGCAGUACUGCUUCAACCUAGGUGGUAAUUGUUAAUAACAACAAGCAGUAUAAAUAGUAAGCCCCA